AUGGGAUUGAAAAUUCUGGUCAGAACUCACCAAGGACACAAUCACAUCGACAGGAAUUUCGGCAGCGGCUCACCACAGAUAAUCAUAGACGAUUUCGGAGAAUGCCCGAAUUCGCUCGAUGUGCCGCCUGUUAUUACCUUACUGCAGACGUCUGACCGUGAGAAGCUGUUUGAGAUCAGACCUGACCUAGAUGAGCGUGAAAUGGAGGGCGAUCUCAAGCGUCCGCUCAAGGGAUACGGAAAGUUUCUUUUGAGAUGGAACAUACGAGAUGAUAAAGACCACAGCAACGUUCUCCGCCUUUUUGAGACUUUGGCCACAUCCAUGGCAAUCAUGAUAUCAAAGGACCUAUACAAAGAGUCCAGGGCAAACACGCAACACGCUCAUGGCAGUGGCGACGACGCUCUGUCAGCCAUGUCGAUUUCAGAUGGCCAAAUCGAAGACCAACAAUCUUCGUCAGAAGAGGAAGUCGACGACGACGACGACAACGAUAGUCAGCAAUGCGAAGAUUCUGGUGGUCUAGCUAAAGAUUACUGGAUCGCACAUUCGAAGUCACAUAUCUCGAUACGCAACGAGCACCUACAAUCGAAGAAUGCAACCAGACGACGAGAUCAGAUCCCAGCUUGA